AUGAGCACAACGAUAGUCUCCACAAGCGUAACCGAGACAGGGCAUAUUCCCUUGACAACGAACUUCACGCCUCCGGAUUCAUGCGUCAGUGACUUGUGGCUCGGCAGUACUAGCGGAAAGACAUGGAUGAACCUGGGGCCUAUAAGCCACACUGAAUGCCUUCCAUCUGGCUGGGCGAAAACGAGUUAUUAUUCUCCAGGGAUAUGCCCCUCGGGCUAUGGGAUUGCUGCCAGUGGCACAGUGAUUGAUGGAAGCAUUACCGAAACCGCGGCAACAUGCUGUCCAACACUCGAUGGCCACACAUAUGUGACCCGACCGUCAAAGUCAUCAACCGCCUCAGAGUCGAUAGACUGUAUAUGGAGCCCAGGUCCCGAUGUCACCACCGAAUUCACAUACACCUGGACCGAAGGCGAUUCCACGUCGAGCUCAAGCACUGCGUUGAGCCUCGAAGAGCACGUCAACGCAUACGGCGUCUAUAUUAGAUGGCAGUCCACCGAUUUCAGCACACCUGCAUCGAAUACCGCCACUACCACCACUGGCGCCACAACCGCCGCCACAACCAGCACGUCUACUACAUCCUCGACCUCCACAGACUCGUCAGGCUCAUCAGGCUCGUCAGGACUCUCAACAGGAGCCAAAGCAGGUGUUGGGGUCGGAGUCGCAGCGGGAGCAGUUAUAUUGAUAGCACUCCUAGCGCUCUUCUUGAUCCGACGACGACGGUCGAAGAACCAACCUCCACGGCCAAUCGAGAUGCCGACAGGAUAUUCACAGCCUGCUCAACAACGAUUCGUGGAGCUGUCUGGUCAACAACGUUUAGUGGAGCUACCUACGGGCGCAGAGACGCCGGAAUUGGACUCGGACAAUCUGAGGAAAUAUGAGAACCGCUAA